UCACCACUCAGCUCGGUGAACUUCAUUUCCUUUUUGAGUUUACAGACGAGCUGAAUGUGUAAUGCGCAUUUAGCCUUAAAACUUGCAAUCAACUAUUUUCAAGCUAACGGAGCUAGUGUCGGUCAUGUUUGAUGGCCCAGGGGGUUUUGAGGUGGAGGAGGAUGAUGAGUGCUGGGCACGGCUGGAAGACUACAGAAUGCUUCUCAUCAAGACCAUUGAGCCCUCAAGGAUAACACCUUAUCUGAGACAAUGUAAAGUGCUGAGCAGUGAGGACGAAGAACAGAUCUACAACGACCCCAGUCUGGUUAUCAGGCGUCGAAAAGUUGGAGUGCUGCUGGACAUAUUACAAAGAACUGGCCUCAAAGGAUAUGAGGCAUUUCUAGAGAGUUUGGAGCUAGACUACCCAGAUGUGUACCGCAAAAUCACCGGCAAAGAGCCUGCUAGGGUCUUCUCCGUACUUAUUGACACGGCCGGUGAAUGUGGCCUCACUCAGUUCCUCAUGAGCGAGGUCUCUCGCCUACAGAAGCUCGCACAGGACGAACGGAGGAUGCGACUCGAAGUGUCUGCGCAGGCGGCGGAGCAGCUAGACACCAUCCGCCAGCUGCAGCUGUGUGAGAGUGAGCUGCACAAACAGCAGGACCGCGUGCAGCGCAUCCGAGAGGAGCGCGAGCGCAUGUGCGAGGAGGCGCGUAAACUGAGAGACGAGAAUUACCGACUGAUGCACGACCUGACCCGACUGAGCGAGGACAAGAACUGCGCACUCAUGUGUAACAGAGACCUCCAGCUCGAGAUUGAGAAAUUGAAACACAACUUAAUGAAUGCAGAAAGUGACUCAAAGAUCCAACGGAAAAAAACAAUAACCUUGAAGAAUGCGAUGGAGCAGAGGCCAAGUCCUGAGCUGAUCUGGCAGAUGCAGAGAGAAAAUGACCUCCUUACAGCUCGCAUACAGGAGCUGGAAAGUGCUUCCAAGGUCCAAACUCUGGAGCAUGAAAAACUUGAUUCACAGUCAUUAGAGGAAUUCAAGCAACAAAGUCAGGCACAAUACCAGGAGCUGGUGAAUGAUCUCUACAAUCUAAGGAGAGACCUACAUGACGCAGAAAAGCUGUGUGAUAAGUAUCGAGAGGAGAAGGAUGAGUUAGAACUGAAGUGCAUAAUGCUAAAAAAGGACUCCAAAAUGUACCGUGACCGAAUGGAAGACAUUCUGAAGCAGAUGGAAGAAGUCAUCAAAGAAAGAGACAAGGCUAUUUGUACAAGAGAGGAGUACCAUUUGGAGAACUCAAAAAAUCUCCAAGACAAAGACCAGUACCGCAAACAGAUCCGGGAGAUGGGAGAGCGUUAUGAUGAACUUCAAGUCCAGUUGUUUCGAACUCAAGGAGAAGUUCUUGCUCUUCAGUCAAAGCUUCGCAAACAGAAAAACCCAAUUCAAAUGAACUCAGAAGAAAGCUCCUUGCUGAGUUCAUUUGAGUCAUCAACAGGGUUGCUUGCAUUUUGUCCACAGAUGAAAAGUCAGACUAGUGAGGAGGAAUCCAGGGAAAGGGGUGAAAAGGAUAUGAGUGAAGGGUCACAGAGCCAGACAUCUGGAGAGUACAAUUAUUCAGAGAGGAUGUUCUUUGAGGAGGACAUAUCAGCUAACUGCAGAAUUAAAGCAAAAUGCAACUUUCACUAUAGGAGCAAUACUCCUAAUGUGGUCUUGGACAGGAAACGUGCUUUAAGAACCAAAAAAUUCACUGACAAAGAGAGUGUGCAGUGCAUACUGGACAACACUACUGGGAGUGAUACGGACGGGAUGUGACAUACAGCUUUGGACAAGGAGACGAAAUGUGGCCUUCUUUAAAGGCAUAUUAAAAUGCAAUUUAAUGAUAAUCCAACAUUGUUCUGCAUCCAGUGACCCAUAAAACCUGAUUAACAUCAUAUCAAUAUCAUAGUGUUCACUGUUAAAGUAUGUCCAGUCAAUCACUUGUCAUGAGUCUGAUCUGACAAUUUUUCUGUUGUCUAUUAAAAUAUAAUAUAAUAAAUAUCAAAUAUCUUUUUAUGUAUAUCUUGUUCUCUUGAGCAAAAACAGUGGAAAUGUUUGAAUGUUUUUUUUUUUGUACCCAAGACAUUAAGGUAUGUGCAGAAACUAUGAUGUUAAUGAUGUUUAAAAAUGAAUUUACCCUAAAAAUAUUCACUGAACGUUUCUCAUAUAAGGGCAUGAAUGAUACUGUAUGAAACGAUGUGAAUGGGAUAUUCUAAUUAUUUUCU